UAGAACAGCGUCGUCGGUUCUCCUACACUGUUUAGUACGCUAGUAUGCCUUGACGCUGCAGGGCGCGUUUCCUUUAAGCUCGCGAGCAGCAGGGAGCCGGAAGUGUGACGUCUUCGACACAAUCUUCGAGGAGAGACAGAGAGAGAGGGGUUUUGGGUCACUGGUUAUUACUGGAGCUCCGAGUUGAACCGAAAUCACGGCCAGUACGAUGGCCGAGGAAAAUAUCUUUUUGUUUGUCCCGAAUUUAAUCGGUUAUGCCCGAAUCAUCCUGGGUUUGUUAUCCUUCUGUUUAAUGCAGUGCUGUCCUGCUCCUGCUGUGUUUUGUUAUCUCUUAAGUGCACUGUUAGAUGCCUUUGAUGGACACGCAGCUCGAGCCCUUAAUCAAGGCACUAAGUUUGGUGCCAUGCUGGACAUGUUAACAGACCGCUGUGCCACUAUGUGCUUGUUAGUAAACCUGUCGCUUCUAUACCCAUCCUACACCUUCCUAUUCCAGUUAAGCAUGUGCUUGGAUAUUUCCAGCCACUGGCUGCACCUGCACAGUUCUGUGAUAAAGGGAGCCACCAGUCACAAGACCAUUGACCUUUCUGGCAACCCCAUUCUCAGGAUCUAUUAUACCUCCAGGCCAGUGCUGUUUUUCAUGUGCAUGGGGAAUGAACUGUUUUACUGUCUUCUUUACGUGAUCUACCACAUCGAAGAGCCACAAGUGUGGCUGCGGUGGCUGCUGGGAUUGUGUGCUGUUGUUUCCCUGUUGAAGUCCGGCAUAAGCGUCCUCCACCUCAUCACCGCCUCCCGUAACAUGGCUGCCAUCGACCUGGCCGACCGUGAAAGUGAGAGGAGUAAGAGCAAAUGAGAGAGAGAAAGGAGGGGGAACAAAUCUAGUGAUGUGGCUUAAUAUGGGAGAGGGAACGGGUAAAUAUAACGAGGGAAGACAUGUGGAGCUGGAAAUGUAAAAGUGGUCAAGGGCCAGUGUUCAUAGAAAUAAAUUGUGGGACCAUUUGGGCACUGAUGAUUUAUUUAUUUAUUCAUAGACUACUAGGAAUAAUGUUAUUAUUGUAGCAGAAUGCUGCUGUUUUCAUCUGAAUAUUACAUAUUAAAUAUUGUUUGCAUUUUCCCUUACCUCAUUCACAUAGUUAAGGUUUGCGUGUGUGUGUGUGUGUGUGUGUGUGUGUGAUAUCACAUAUUUAAAUUGUGGAAAAGUAAAACACCUUACUACCACUUCUAUUACCUUACCCCCCUUUUCCCGUAAACAGCCAUAUUCUCCUGAUCACUCAGACAUGUGCAUGUACACUUCAGUCCAACUGAAAGGUGCUUUAGGUUUUGUUUAUUUGAUUAAAUGUGAUUAUUGUUAUUUUUAAUUUUUUUUUGCUGUUUUUAUUUGCUGUUUUUAUAUUUGAACCUUUCAUUAUAUAUCCUAGUGUGAAUCGCUGAUGUGUGAGUACCAUAGUACACAAAUUUGUGUAUUCAUGACCAAUUAUCCCAAAAGGAGCAAUAUUCCUCUGUCAUCUAUAUCCUAAUGAUUGUAUUAUUGGAUCAUGCUUAGAGUAUUCUUGAAUAUGAUUGUACUCUUUCUAUUGUAUUAGGUUGUAUGGCGAUAAUUAUCUUUUCAUGGUUGGACUCAGUGGCUAUCUACUCCUAUUAGUUCUCUGUUUGUUUUAGACUAAAUGAAAGUACUUUCAUUAUUAUUAUUAUUAUUAUUAUUAUUAUUAUUAUUAUUAUUAUUAUUAUUAUUAUUAUUACAAGGUUAUUGCUCACAAGGUCAACAAGGACCUACAGAUCAACCACAGAAGGACAGAGCACUUACUUGCCUGUAGAUGUACUUGUUUGCAAAGUAAACGUUAUAUCUUCGUUGCA